AUGCAGAACCACCGCCCAAGAAUGAAAAUCGUCUCCAUCUUAGCCCUCCCAUUCGCGCUACUCCGGCUUCUCCACCCGGUUUCCGCGACAGCGAUCCCAUACACUCCCUCCCGCGUCUUCGUUUCACCAUCGCACAAUGACUCGCUAGCUUAUAUACUGCUAACUGGCGGUUUUGAUGGUCAAGACCAAACGAGGACCGCGUUCCUGUCGUUGAAUAUCUCCCAGGAAGUCGAUGCGGCUAAUCCCAGUUACACCACGCUUCUGGACCAGGCGCCAUUUCGCGAGGACGAUCAUACCACUGCAUUUGUUCCGGUAAUCGACGACCAUGGGAUUAUCAAGGUGUACACGGGAAAUUGCCAAAAUGUCUCAGAUCCAGGUGUGGUGUGGCAGUUCACGCCCGAUCCGGACAACACAAUUGGGAAUGGGACUUGGGAAAGACUCUCCGUUGAUAAGAAACACAAACAUACAUACGGACCUAAUUACCUCGCAGCUGGAUUUGCCUACGAGAUCACUGAUACGACAGACAGUGCUGUCUACACCUUUGGUGGCAUGUGCCCGUGGAGCAACGAAACCAACACCGAUUGGGUUGCCGCAGCGGAUUACUCCCAUGACAUGACGCUGUUGGAUCCAACAACAGAUAGCGAGACGUCGUAUCUCUUCGAAUCUGCCGGUGAGCACGCACCACCAAUCGCAGAGGCUGGAUUGUCCAUUACCCCGUUAUUACCGGCAUAUAUUGCUACCGCCGAUGGCAAGAUGCUACGGCAACAAGAUUUCCUGUUCAUUGGAGGACAGACAGAGCAGGCCUUUCUCAAUAUGUCCGAGCUUGCCGUAUACUCUCUGCCACAUGACAGUUGGAACUUUGUCGCCAUAGACGGGAGUCCACCCAGUGCCAAAUCAGAGCUCGCCGUCCGAGAUACAAAGGAGGGUAUUAUCGAGCCACGAUCUGGCCACACAGCUGUUCUCUCCCCUGAUGGUGGCAAAGUGAUUGUCGUCGGAGGCUGGGUGGGAAAUACGAGUAUUCCCGCGCGCCCUCAAUUAGCGAUCCUGGAAAUUGGCUCGAAAUACGGGGGUUACGGCCCAUGGACCUGGCAAGUACCUUCUUUGGAAGGCUCAUUCCUGGGUGAUGAUUCUGGAAUCUACGGGCAUGGCACUGAAAUGCUUCCAGGAGGUGUGAUGAUGAUUUCUGGUGGUUAUCGCAUCUCGCAGAUGUCCAAACGAUCUACGAAUUCCCAGGUUUACUUCUACAACGUGACCUCCAAUAGCUGGGCUACUUCGUAUACAAACCCUAACUGGCUGGCUGCCAACAGUGUAUCGCAGGACCCCGGCUCUCUUUCCAAGGCGGCCAAGGUAGGAAUCGGAGUGGGGGUUCCUGUUGGAGUAAUCGUCCUGUGUCUGAUCGGGUGGAUGGUUUGGAAGUACUCGCGACGAUUCCGCUGGCGUCGAAAAAGGAACAGUGAACUUCGGAAGCUGGCAUUGGGCGCGCAGCGAUCCCAUUUCUGGGGCCGGGAUGAUCCCGAAAUGGCCAGUAGCAUUCACAGGCCCUCACUCAAUUCCGAUCGAAGCUACCCAUGGGCCAGCAACAAAGGCAAUGGGAGAUCCAAACAGCCUGAGGAAGAGGACGCUGCCAGGUCUGAGAUGACGGGGCUAUUGUUGGAUGGCUUGAGCUCGACAAAGAACAAUCGACAAAACAGACUUUCCUACCGCUUCUCAGGGAGCAAUCCCGCUAGGAAUAUCCAUCCGAUAGAUGAGCGGGAAGAAGAUGAGGCUGAUGCUUCUGACAACCUUAUCGCGCGUGACCCCAAUUCGACUGGCCCGCAAAUGGGUCUUCUCGGAGGGAUUGACAUACCAGAUCCCCACAUAGAAGCACCCUUUCUGACACCACAGACCACCCACGCUGAGCGGACGCAGGAAAAUACUCGCGCAGUAUUUGAAGAGAAUGCGUUCUUGGCCAGAUUCGGACUAGACGAUGGCAGCACUGGUACUCCAGCUUCCUCAACGAGAGAUCGACCACAAUCAAGCCAGUCGAAUGUGCCUGGAACGAUGAGACUGGGUAAUGUUCGGAGAUCUCGAGCUACCCUUUUCUACAAUCCCACGUCUAUUCCAAACAACGGACAGUCCCCGAACACAUCAGCCGUGGCAUCCACCCACAGCAAGGAAACCGCUUCCGCUUCCUCGGACAAACGAUACUCAUCUGACUCCUAUUCCACAGCGUAUACCUCCCAGUCACAGAAGCAAGCAGAAGGAGAGCACCUACUCCGCGAACAGGAGAGUCUCGUGGACGGCGUGGCAGCGCUCGAGCCAGAGCCAGAAUCAGAGUCUGUCUCUCCUCUCGAACUCCCCACCAAAGUUGCUGCGACCUCAUCCCGACCAAAAGGACCAAAAGCCGCCGAGUGGUUCGGGAACGUGCGACGCGUCUUGUCGGGACCCAGGAAAUGGACUAUGUCGGAUAAGCAUUCAUCAAGCGAUGACAAGAACCAUGCUGCUCCGUUAGCCUCAGGUCUUGAUCGCAGAAAGACCGUUCUUGAAUCUAAGAGGGUUUCUUUCCAGGAGCCAGAUCAGGAAAUUGUCCCUCCAAGACGAGCAGUCAGUGCUUCUGCAGAGCUCUUCCGUCGCAAACAAGGCGCUGAAGAUUGGGGUGUUAGCCCUACCUCUCGGACAUCGCAUGAAGGUGGCAAAUCGGAUGCCAUGCUCGAUCCUACCAAUAAGGAGAAUUUCCAAAGUGAAGAAGAAGACUGGGAUAUUGAAGCAGCCGCUGAAGGUCGUCGUGUCCAGGUUACUUUCACCGUUCCCAAGGAGCAAUUACGGGUUGUCAAUGCGAUGCCAGGUGAUUUGGAGAGUGUAUCUACGACUACUGCGUCUGCGUCCAGGGUCAAUAGUGGGGGUACAGGUACCAGUUAUAGGACUGUGACUACGUAA